AUGGCCUCAGCCGUGCAGUUCAAGCCCCUGGCAGCCCUGCGAUCCCUCCAGCCUGCCUACAGCAAAGGGCCGCUCAGCUUGCACUUCCUGCCGGCGCCCAUUCGGCCUCUGGUCCGGGCCUACCUGCUGGGCUAUGCCUCGGCCGUUGCGCCGCGCCUCCUGACGCUCAUACUGCAGUUCAUCUCCAAGAAGCGCAAGAGCAAGAAGAAGUAUCUCUCGGCCGACAAGGACGAGCGGUCCUUCAAGGACUCGGCCUUUCGCAUCCUGCAGACCGGCUUCGACCCGCGCCGGUUCCCCGCGUUUUGCGCCGCCCUCGUCGGAGGCUCGACUAUGCUGCAGCAGUCCAAGCAGUCCAAGCGGUCCAAAGGGUCCAAGGAGUCUAAGCAGGCUCCUCCUUCUCCUCUCCCCUCCUCGUGGGCAGAGUCCGGGCUGGCCUCAGUGCAGCAAGGCCUGGCUGAGGCCGCCGAGGGCGGUUACGGCGGUCGAACGAUGGAUCUCACCCUCUUCGCCGUCACCCGCGCCGCCGACGUCCUCGUCGGCGAGCUGUGGUCCCAGCGCCGCGACCGGCGCAAGGCGUCCGGGGAGUGGACUGCGGUCGAGCGACUGCUGUCCCGCCUCAUGGACCCGGCCGUCUUCGCCGCCUCCUCGGGCCUCAUCAUGUGGGCGUGGUUCUACGCACCCGACAGCCUGCCGCGCAGCUACAACAAGUGGAUCACGUCCGCCGCCUCCGUCGACCUGCGCCUCAUCGAGGCCCUGCGGCGCUGCAGGAACGGCGAGCUCGUUUACGGCAAGGAGACGGGCCAGGCGCCGCUGCUGGGCUCCAUGUGCGAGGACUACGGCCUGCCCGCCGAAUGGGGGGACCCGGCCAAGACCGUCCCCUUCCCCUGCGACAUUGUCCACAUGGGCUGCGGCCCGUCGUGCGAGUAUCACGCCCUGAGCCGCUUCUUUCGAGCCUGGAAGUGGUCCAUGCUGACAUACCUGCCCCUUGCCCUCGCCCUUCAACUGCGCAGACCCAAGCAAAUGAAUCUCAUGAGGGCCAUCACCGGCUCUUCCCGGUCAUCCACCUUCCUCGCCACCUUCAUCACUCUCUUCUACUACGGCGUGUGCCUAGCACGCACUCGCCUGGGUCCGUCGGUCCUCGGCAAGGACACGCAGUGCCGCCAGCUCAUCGACGGCGGUGUCUGCGUCGGCGCCGGGUGCUCUCUCUGCGGAUGGAGCGUGCUCAUCGAGACGGCGGGCAGGAGGAAAGACAUGGCUCUGUUCGUGGCGCCGCGGGCCCUGGCGACGUUGGUCCCUCGGCGGUAUCCUCUGGAGAAGCAAUGGCGCGAGAAGUUGAUCUUCGCGGCGAGCACGGCGGUUGUGUUUACGUGUGCCCUGGAGAAUCCGAAGAGGGUCAGGGGCGUAUUGGGAGGUUUGUUGGGCAUGGUGCUCAGGAAGUAA